AUUUCGUAGCUCUCCCCGUCGCUUUCGCUUGUCAUCUUCUCUCCCGGACUUCCAAGUUUCCAGUUCUAAACGCUCCAGUCACCCAUUCUUCCAUGGAGACUGACGAGCUUAGCGACUAAACCGCUGUGAUUCUUCCUCGAAAUCCUCUCUUCCUUGUCAACGGCUCUAUUUAGAGAAAUUACAGAGCAAAGUGGUUGCUUCAUGAUGGAUGCAAGUAUCAUGGGAGGGAAGUAUGCUGCUGAAAUAUCCUCCAUAAGAGAAGCACUAGAACGCAUCGGCUCAUUUGUACACAAGACUCCUGUUAUCACUUCAGAAUCUCUUAAUGCAAUGUGCAACAGAAGUUUAUACUUCAAGUGCGAAUGCUUUCAGAAGGGUGGGGCAUUUAAGUUCAGAGGUGCUUGCAAUGCUAUAUGGUCCCUUGAUGAUGCUCAGGCAGCUAAAGGGGUUGUUACACACAGCAGCGGAAACCAUGCUGCAGCAUUGUCCUUAGCUGCAAAAUUACGAGGGAUUCCAGCAUAUGUAGUGAUACCAAAAAAUGCACCAAAAUGCAAAGUCGAUAAUGUCAUUCGCUAUGGUGGUCAAGUUAUCUGGAGUGAGGUCACAAUUAAGUCGAGGGAAGAAACAGCUUCGAAAGUGUCGCAAGAAACUGGAGCGGUUCUGAUUCAUCCGUACAAUGACAAACGGAUAAUAAGUGGACAGGGAACAUUAUCUGUGGAGCUUCUGGAGCAGGCCCCACAAAUAGACACUAUUAUAGUUCCAAUAAGUGGAGGUGGUUUGAUUUCGGGAGUGGCAUUGGCCGCCAAAUCAGUGAACCCAAGAAUUCGAGUUUUGGCUGCAGAACCUAGAGGGGCAAAUGAUGCAGCACAAUCUAAAGCAGCUGGAAGGAUUAUAACUUUGCCCGAGACCAACACCAUUGCUGAUGGGCUUCGAGCUUCUCUAGGAAAUCUUACAUGGCCUGUGGUACGUGAUUUAGUCGAUGAUGUCAUAGUUGUAGACGAUAAAGACAUUGUGGAAGCGAUGAGACUUUGCUAUGAAAUUCUGAAAGUGGCGGUGGAGCCAAGUGGAGCCAUUGGUCUUGCUGCUGUUCUAUCGGAAUGCUUUAGGAGUAAUCCUGCUUGGAAGGAUUGUAACCAUAUAGGAAUCAUCCUUUCAGGAGGUAAUGUUGAUUUGGGUGUGCUAUGGAACUCUUACAGAAAAUGAAGGGGAUGGUAAAUUACUAAUAUGUGCUCUUAAGGAGUCUACCUCAUCAGGCGACAAAGAUUUUCCUCUUGAUUAUGCCAUUACAUCAAUGUGGAAAUAUUUGUUCUGUUCUGAAUACUCAACCAAGGAUUGUUAUUUCUAGUUCAUUUGUCAUCUGUAAACUUGUGAGAUUUGUAACGCCGUCAAUGCAACACUUUCUUUCAA